CGAUAGGGCGACGCCUCAGUCCCGUUUUCCGUCCCACGGAGAGUGGUUGUUGUCCCAGGGCCACGGCGGUGGAGGCGUUCAGCUUGGGAUUUCCUAGCUGACGUGGCCUAUGUCGGACGGGGGGGCGGCCGGAGUAGCCCGUGGCGGCCACCUGCAGAAAUCAGCCAGGUAAAUAAUGUGCCCCUAAGAGAUGUUCUGACUGCUAAAGCACAUAUGUAAUACAUCUCCUCGUGUGAGUCACAAUGCAUCUUUCUGCCACUCAAUAUUAUACAGUAUCUCUGAUCUUAACGUCUGAAACAUGAAGGAUUCAAAAAUAAAGCUCGCAGCACCCGAGGAGGUCAGAAGGGAGCAUCAGAUCCUCUAGGAUUGGAGUUUCAGACAGUUGUUGGCGGCUGUGUGGGUGCUGAGCAGCGAACCCUGGGCCCUGGAAAAGCAGCUGGUGCUCUUAACCUCUGAGCCGCACCGCGUUCCCAUUAGAUGCUGAGCCGAUUAACAGGAUUAGCGAAUAUUGUUAUUCAUGAAUUAUCAGGAAAUAGCGCUGACCAGAGCAUGACAGCUCCUUUAGAAGCUGUGAGUAACUCUGUCCAGUUCCAAACUGAUGAGACCUCCAGUCUGGUUUUUUCUGAGGAGAAUACCUUAAGCUAGAGGAAUGUGAGCAACCUCCCCCAUGCAAAGUAGAAGUGAUGGAAUCUGAUAUGGAACUAAAUAAUAGCAUACCAGAGGACGUUCUGGAACGCCUAGCUGAUGCAGAGAAGCUGGUGGUGGAGUUAAAAGAGAUCAUUCGGCAGAAAGACCUUCAACUCCUGCAGAAGGAUGAAGCUCUGCAGGAGGAACGAAAAACUGCCGAUACCAAAAUUAAAAAAAUAAAACUGCACGCGAAAGCGAAGAUCGCGUCUUUGAAUAAACUUAUAGAAUUGAAAGCACAAGGAGAGGCUGCUUCGCCUAAGGACCCCCAGGCAGCGGAGGACCCCCAGGCAGUGGAGCCGCUCUCCGAGCGUGAUACAAAUUCUACAGAUGAAGAAAUGAAAGUAGAAAAGAUAAAACAUGACCUCCAGGAGAAGGAGAAAUUAAUUAGCAAUUUGCAAGCCCAGCUUCACCAGGCACAGUCAGAACAAGCCUUGCAGCUGGAAAAGAGUUCUGCAGAGAUGGAGGAGUUUGUCCUGAUGAAGCAGCAACUCCAAGAAAAGGAAGAACUCAUCAGCACUUUGCAAACUCAGCUCAGCCAGACCCAGGCAGAGCAGGCUGCACAGUUGAGUUCCAUGCAGCAGGUGGUCCGAGAGAAAGACGCCCGCUUUGAAACACAGGUUCGUCUGCACGAAGAUGAGCUGCUUCAGUUAGUAACCCAGGCAGAUGUGGAAACAGAGAUGCAGAAGAAACUGAAGGUGAUGCAGAGGAAACUUGAGGAAAAUGAGGAAGCCUUGUUGGGCCGAGCUCAGGUUGUGGAUUUGCUGCAACAGGAGCUGACUUCAGCCGAACAGAAAAACCAGACUCUUUCCCAGCAGUUACAGCAGCUGGAAGCUGAAAAUAGUACUUUAAAGAACACCAUGGAAACAGAGAGACAGGAGUCCAAGAUUCUGAUAGAAAAGGUCGAACUUGAAGUAGCAGAGAGAAAAUUAUCCUUCCAUAGCCUGCAGGAAGAGAUGCAUCACCUUCAGGGACAGUUGGAGCAAGCCGGCCAAGCCCAGGCUGACCUGGAGACUCAGUAUAGUGCUCUUGAACAAAAGCAUAAAGCAGAAAUGGAAGAGAAGAAUGCUUACAUCUCGAGUCUUCAGAAGACCGAGCAAGAGCUGCAGUCUGCCUGUGAUGCCCUGAAGGAGGAAAACUCGGAGCUGCUCCGAGAGAAAGGUGAACAGGCUGCCGAGUCAGCCCAGGCCAUCCAGCAGCUGCAGUCUGCCUGUGAUGCCCUGAAGGAGGAAAACUCGGAGCUGCUCCGAGAGAAGAGUGAACAGGCUGCCAAGUCAGCCCAGGCCAUCCAGCAGCUGCAGUCUGCCUGUGAUGCCCUGAAGGAGGAAAACUCGGAGCUGCUCCGAGAGAAGAGUGAACAGGCUGCCAAGUCAGCCCAGGCCAUCCAGCAGCUGGAAGAUCAACUCCAGCAAAAAUCUAAAGAAAUUAGCCAAUUUGUAAAUAAACCAAACUUGCAAAAACAUGAAACAGCAUCUCAGACUUCUUUACCAGAUGCUUAUAAUGAGGGCAUACAGGCAGUCACGGAGGAGAAUAUUGCCUCUUUGCAGAAGAGAGUGGUGGAGCUAGAGAAUGAAAAGGGAGCCUUGCUCCAUAGUUCUGUAGAGCUGGAGGAGCUGAGAGCCGAGAAUGAAAAAUUAUCUUCUCGAAUUACUUUUCUGGAGGCUCAGAAUAGAGCAGGGGAGGCUGACGGUGCAGUCUGUGAGGUCAACACAGCUGGUGUUACUGUGGUCAGCAAGAGCAAUUCUUCUACCGAAGAAAGUAGACAAGAUGUCCUAGAGAACAUGUUUUCUCAGAAACAGAAGGAACUAGCAGUUUUAUUAGUGGAAAUGAAGGAAGCUCAGGACGAAAUUGCAUUUCUUAAGUCACAGCUGCAGGGCAAGAGGCCUGAUGGGGACCCUGAGGUCCUUGACCAGACGGAGGUGAAGCUGGUAGGGAGUGAAGGACCACCUUCUGUGACAGCGGGAGAUAUUCCCCUUGUGCCGAAUGAAGAGAGCUGCAUCCCAGGGGCUACGAAAGAGGAGCAGGCAAGCACUGAAGAUCAGCAUCCAACAUCUGAGGCAGGGUCUGCAAAUGACGCUGCAGUGGGAUUGAACUCCACAAAGCUGCAUGGUGUGGACAAAUCCCCCUCUAUAUCAGAUAUCUGUCAGUGUCACCAGGAUGAAUUAGAAAGUCUCAAGUCAAAAAUUAUGGAGCUUGAGACAAGCCUUCAUAAGGCAGAAGAGAUUUAUGAGAAAAAUUUAGAUGAGAAAGCUAAGGAAAUUAGCAGCCUAACCCAGCUUGUUGAAAAAUUGAAGAAGAAUGCAGAGGAUGCCCACAGCACGCUCACCACCGUGUCUGAGGAAAGAGACCAGCUUCUUUCUCGGGUGGAGGAGCUUGGUGUCUUAGCCGAGCUGAGGGCUCGGGUCCGAGAAUUGGAGAGCAGCCUCACAGUAGCAGAAAAGCAAAGAGCUCUGGACUACGAAAGCCAGAAGACUCGGCACAACCUGCUCACGGAACAGAUCGACAGCCUAACUGUAGAAGCCAAAUUGAAGAAUGUGAAAAUGGAGGCUCUCCAGAGGGAGCUGGAUGAUGUGCAGCUGCAGUGUUCUGAGCAGGGCACCCAGAUAAAGAGCCUGCAAAGCCAGCUGCAGGAGAAGGAGACUGAGGUGCUCGAGGGGGCAGAACACGUGAAGGACAUCUCAAAGAAGAUGGAAGGACUUUCACAGGCUCUUUCACAGAAGGAACUGGAAAUAGCCAAAAUGGAGAGAGACGUGGAGACACUCCAGCAAACCAUCCAGGAGAAGGAUCAGCAAGUGACAGAACUCAGCUACAGCAUGACAGAGAAAAUGGUUCAGCUUAAUGAAGAGAAGUUUUCUCUUGGGGUUGAAAUUAAGGCCCUGAAGGAGCAGCUCAAUUCGUUGUCCAGAGCUGAAGAAGCAAAGAAGGAGCAGACCCAAGAAAAUCAGGAAGUCCUUUCUAGUCCUGGUCAGGACGUGUCAGGCCCAGCGGGGCUGAGUAAAGAGGAGCUUCAGCGGGAGCUGGAGCUCCUGAAGAAGGAGAGCGAUCAGAGGAAGAGGAAGCUCCAGGCAGCACUUCUUCACCGAAAGGAACUCCUACAGAAAGUCAGUACACUGGAGGAGGAGCUCGCCAAGGCGAGGGAGGAAUCUAGCAAAGAGAUGGCCCUCGGGGUUAGUGAGAGGAGAAAGCUGGAGGAAGAUGGAGAGAGCAAAGAUGAACCAGAAAAGUGUGGAACUUCUAAGUGUCGAGAACUAGAAGUUUCUUUAAAAGAGACGAUAGCCGAAAAAGAAGUGGAACUGGAGCGUGUCAAGAGAGAUUUGAAAGACAAGACGGCAGCGGAAGAAGAACUGCAGGCUGUGGUCCAACAGAUGAGUCAGAACUUGCAAGAUAAGUCAAAGCAAAUAGAUUGGCUUCGAGCAGAGAUUACUGCAAAUCAAGCAACUAUUCAGAAAUUGAUCACGGGAGCCCCGGAUGCUGGGGAUGGAGACUCGGCAGCACCUCUAAAAGAAACGGUGGUGAGCAGCCCGCCCAGUGCGGGUGAUGGGGAACACUGGAAGCCGGAACUAGAGGGGAAGAUAGCAGACCUUGAAAAGGAAAGGGAACAACUUGAAAAGAAGCUUCAGAAAGCCUUAAGUUCCCAUAAGGCGAGUCUCAAAAAGGCACAAGAGAGAGAGAGACAUCUGAAGGAUGAGCUCAGGAAACAAAAAGAUGCUUACAAUCACCUUCAGGAGCAGUUUGAUGAGCAGAGUAAGGAAAAUGAGAACAUUGGGGGCCAGCUAAGGCAGCUCCAGAUCGAAGUGAGGGAGUCUGUGGACAGAAAGCUCCCAGGUACUGACCAACGGGAACCUGGUCUUCCCACUCAAGGUUUAAAAGAGAUUUCACUCGAAGACACAGAACAGCAGCCCGCCCAGCCUGCUGCAGAGUCUGACGUACACACAAGUCAGCCUUCUUACCCUGGAGAUGCUGAAGCUCUCCAGGCUACUGUUGCCCAGAUUAAGGCCCAGUUGAAAGAGAUGGAGGUCAAGAAAGAAGAGCUGGAAUUGAAAGUAAGUUCUACAGCGAGUGAGCUGACUAAAAAAUCAGAAGAAGUACUCCUGUUACAAGAGCAGAUAAAUAAACAGGGUUUAGAAAUCCAGAAUUUGAAAGCAGCAUCCCAUGAAGCCGAGGCCCACGCAGAGAGCCUGCAGCGGGAAUUGGAAAGUAGCCAAGUACAACUUGCUGGCCUGGAACAUCUGAAAACAUUACAGCCCAAACUAGAUGAACUGCAAAAGCACGUGUACCAGAAGCAAGAAGAGGUCAGCCACCUUUCCGGACAGCUUGGUGAGAAGGAACAGACCCUCAGCAAAGUCCAGGCCGAGAUGGUGGAGCAGGAGCAUUUAAUCAAGGCUCUGCACACGCAGCUGGAGAUGCAAGCCAAGGAGCACGAGGAGAGGCUGAAACAGUUCCAGGUGGAGCUGUGUGAGCUGAAGCAGAAGUCGGAGGAAGCUGCAGAAGAGACCAAAGCAAAGCACCAGAUACAGAGGAAACUUCAGGCAGCCCUCAUCUCCCGCAAGGAGGCUCUGAAGGAAACCAAGAGUCUGCAAGAGGAAUUGUCUUCAGCCAGAGAUGCCGUGGACCACCUGACCAAGUCUCUGGCGGAUGUGGAAAGCCAGGUUUCUGUUCAAAAGAAAGAGAAAGAGGCGUUCCUAGGAAAGUUAGCCCUUCUUCAGGAAGAAAGAGACAAGCUCAUUGAAGAGAUGGACAGGUCUUUGCUCGAAAAUCAGAGCCUUGGUGGCUCCUGUGAAAGCCUGAAACUAGCUCUGGAGGGUCUUACCGAAGACAAGGAAAAGCUGCUGAGGGAGCUGGAGAGUCUGAGAUGUUCGAAGAUUGCAGAGAGCACCGAAUGGCACGAGAAGCACCAGGAGCUGCAGAAGGAGUAUGAAGUUCUUCUGCAGUCCUACGAGAACGUGAGCAACGAGGCCGAGAGGAUUCAACACGUGAUGGAAGGUGUGAGGAAAGAGAAGCAAGAACUGUAUGGAAAGCUGAGAAGCACGGAGACAGGCAAGAGGGAGACAGAGAAGCAGCUGCAAGAUGCAGAACAAGAGAUGGAAGAGAUGAGAGAAAAGAUGAGAAAGUUCGCCAAGUCUAAACAGCAGAAGAUCCUUGAGCUGGAGGAAGAGAACGAGCGGCUCAGAGCCGAGGCCCAGCCUGUAGGGGGCGCCAAAGAAAGCAUGGAAGCUCUUCUUUCUUCCAACUCCAGCCUGAAGGAGGAACUGGAAAAGGUCACUUUAGAGUACAAAACCCUUUCUAAGGAGUUUGAGGCUUUAAUGGCAGAGAGAAACAUUUUGAGUGAAGAGAUUCGAGGUCUGAAGCAUCAGGUAGAAGAUGGUGUACUGAAACAAGCUAGCCUAGAGGUCACUGAGAAAUCCGAUGAACAAAAGGAUGUCACUGAAGAGGUCAUGCAAGCUAUGGUGGGCAAGUCUCAAGAGCAAGAGUCUCAGAGAAUGAGUGUUCAGCUUGACGAUUCGGAAGGUAUUCUGUCAGUGAACAGUGCCAAGCCUGGCAUUAGUGAGACUUUCAACUCCCACGAUGACAUCAGUAACUACCUCCAGCAGCUUGAUCAGCUCAAGGGAAGAAUUGCUGAGUUAGAGGUGGAGAAACAGAGUGACAGGGAGCUUAGACAGACACUCGAAAAUGAGAAAAAUGCCCUCCUGAAUCAAAUAUCGGCAAAGGAUGGUGAACUCAAACUACUUGGGGAAGAAGUCGCCAAAAGAAACACGUUAAAUCAGCAAAUCCAAGAAGAACUUUCCAGAGUCACCAAGUUGAAAGAGAUGGCAGAGGAAGAAAAAGAUGACUUAGAAGAGAGGCUUAUGAAUCAGCUGGCAGAACUUAAUGGGAGCAUUGGGAAUUAUUAUCAGGAUGUUACGGAUGCCCAAAUCAAAAACGAGCAACUAGAAUCCGAAAUGCAGAACCUUAAAAAGUGCGUGAGUAAUUUAGAGGAAGAAAAACAGCAACUGGUCAAGGAAAAAACCAAGGUGGAGUCAGAAAUCCGAAAGGAGUACUUAGAGAAGAUCCAAGGGGCCCAGAAAGAACCUGGCAAUCAGAGCCAUGCAGAGGAGCUCCAGGAGCUGUUGAAAGAAAAGCAGCAUGAGGUAAAGCAGCUGCAGAAGGACUGCAUCCGGUACCAGGAGAGGAUCAGUGCUCUAGAGAAGACAGUUAAGGCUCUAGAGUUUGUUCAGACUGAGUCCCAAAAGGAUUUGGAUGCGACCAAAGGAAAUCUGGCGCAAGCCACUGAGCACCACAGAAAGGCACAAGUGGAAUUAUCUAGCAUCAAAGUACUGCUCGACGACACACAGAGCGAAGCCGCGCGAGUGCUAGCGGACAACCUCAAAUUGAAAAAGGAACUUCAGUCCAACAAAGAAGCCGUGAAAAGCCAGAUGAAACAAAAAGAUGACGAUCUGGCGCGAAGACUGGAGCAGGCAGAGGAAAGACACCUGAAAGAGAAGAAGAACAUGCAGGAGACACUGGAUGCUUUGUACGGGGAAAAGGCCCACGUGGAAGAGAUGCUUGCAGAGAUGCAGGUUACACUGUCCAGGAAAGACCAGGACAUGAAGCAGCUGCAGGAAGGCCUGGACAGCACCGUGGCCCAGCUCGCAGCCUUUACUAAGAGCAUGUCGUCCCUCCAGGAUGACCGCGACAGGGUGUUCGAUGAAGCCAAGAAAUGGGAGCAGAAGUUUGGUGAUGCCAUUCUAACCAAGGAAGAAGAGAUCAGACUCAAAGAGGAGAACUGCGUUACUCUAAAGGACCAGCUUCAACAAAUGACCAUCCAUACAGAGGAACUGAAGAUCAAUAUCUCCAGGCUUGAACAUGAUAAAGAAAUUUGGGAGGCCAAGGCCCAGACAGAGCUCCAGGAUCAACAGAAAUUUUGUGAUACCCUGCAGAGGGAAAACAAAAAGCUUACGUCCCAGUUAGAAGAGACUCGACAGCUCUACCACAAUUCUUUGAAUGAAUUAGCUAAGCUGGAGUCAGAACUUAAAAGUUUCAAAGACCAGUCAACUGACUUAAAUAACUCUCUAGAAAAAUGUAGAGAACAUAAAGAAAAUUUGGAAGAGAUCAUAAAGCAGCGAGAAGCUGAUAUCCAGAAUUGUAAGUUCAGUUAUGAACAACUCGAGACUGAUCUAAAGGCCUCCAGGGAGCUGACCAGAAGGUUGCAUGACGAAAUCAAGACCAAGGAGCAGAAGAUUAUAAGCCUGCUUUCUGGCAAGGACGAGGCGAUCCAAGUAGCUGUUGCUGAACUGCAGCAGCAACACCACAAAGAGAUCAAAGAAUUAGAAAAUCUCUUGUCCCAGGAGGAAGAGGAGAAUGUUGCCUUAGAAGAGGAAAACAAAAAGGCUAUUGAGAAAACCAAUCAGCUUAUGGAAACUCUGGGAAACAUGAAGAAAGAGAACCUUGAGCAGAAGGCUCAUCUAGAUUCCUUUGUCAAAUCUAUGUCUUCUCUUCAGAAUGACCGAGAUCGUAUAAUAAGUGACUAUCAGCAGCUGGAAGAUCGACAUCUUUCUGUGAUCUUAGAAAAAGACCAACUCAUCCAAGAUGCUGCUGCUGAGAAUAAUACACUGAAGGAAGAGAUUCGAGGGUUGAGGAGUCAUCUGGAUGACCUCAAUUCCGAGAAUGCCAAGCUGGAUGCUGAGCUGAUCCGGUACAGGCAAGACCUGAAUGAAGUGAUAGCCAUAAAGGACUGUCAGCAGAAGCAACUCCUUGAGGCUCAACUCCAGAAAAACAAGGAGUUGAAAAAUGAAUGUGCAAAACUGGAAGAGAAGCUGAAGGGGUCGGAGGACGCCAGGCAAAGCCUGCAGAGGUCCUCUGAAGCCCUCCAAGAGGAGAAACAUGCUUUGUCUACAGAGGUUGAGAGCUUGAAGAGGCACAUGGAGGCCUUGCAGGAAGAAGGCACCCUAGGUGCCCAGCUGAAAGUGAAAGAAGAGGAGGUUCAGAGGUUAAGUGUGGCGCUCUCCUCCUCCCAGAAGAGAGCUACAGACCUGGAAGAAGAGCUAGUUUGUGUUCAGAAGGAAGCAACCAGGAAGGUCAGUGAGAUCGAGGACAAGCUAAAGAAGGAACUGAAGCAUCUCCAUCAUGAUGCAGGGAUAAUGCGAAAUGAAACAGAAACUGCAGAAGAGAGGGUGGCAGAGCUGGCCAGGGACCUGGUCGAGAUGGAGCAGAAGCUACUCAUGGUAACCAAAGAGAAUAAAGAUCUCACGGCCCAGAUUCAGUCUUUCGGAAGGUCAAUGAGUUCCUUGCAGGACAGCAGAGAUCAUGCCACCGAGGAGCUUGGUGACCUGAAAAAGAAGUAUGAUGCCAGUCUGAAGGAGCUGGCCCAGUUAAAAGAGCAAAAGGACUUAAGCAGAGAGAGUGACAUUCUUUCCCAGGCUGCCUUGCCCCUGACCACCACUGAGAACAGCCUGCCCCGCCUUGAGAAACUUGACCAGCAGCUGAUAUCCAAAGACAAACAGUUGCUUCACUUGUCUUCUCAACUAGAAGAUUCUCACAACAAGAUGCAGACCUUUUCCAAGGCCAUGGCCAGUCUACAGAGCGAGAGAGAUCACCUGUGGAAUGAGCUGGAGAAAUUCCGGAAGUCGGAGGAAGGGAAGCAAAGGGCUGCAGCCCCUUCACCUGCCUCCAGCCCAGCUGAAAUGCAGAGCUUGAAGAAAGCUAUGUCUUCUCUCCAGAAUGACAGAGAUCGAUUACUGCAGGAACUGAAGAAUCUGCAGCAGCAGUACUUACAGAUGAAUGAAGAGGUCACGGAGUUGCGUCCACUGAAGGCUCAGCUUCAGGAGCAUCAAGAGCAGACAAAAUCCCUGCAGAUGAUGAACGAGCAGUUUAGGCAGGAAAACCUCGCCUGGCAGCAUGAGCUGCAUCAGCUCAGAAUGGAGAAGAAUGCCUGGGAACUUCAUGAGAGAAGGAUGAAGGAACACAAUAUUAUGGCCUUCUCAGAUAAUGAUCAGCAGCUUGUCCAUCUGCAGAAUCUCCUGAGGCCUUCCUCCCAAUCUCAGAUUCUCCCCUCACAGUACCAAAGACAGGCAUCCCCAGAGACACCAGAUCCCCUCGAUGGGUCACAAAACCUCGUUUAUGAGACUGAACUUCUCAGGACUCAGCUCAAUGACAGCUUAAAGGAAAUUCACCAGAAGGAAAUAAGAAUUGAGCAGCUGAACAGCAAGUUCUCUCAGCUGCUCGAGGAGAAGAAUACCCUCGCCAUCCAGCUCAGUGACGCCAGCCAGAGUCUCCGUGAGAACCAGCGCCACUACAGUGAGCUCUUCAAACACUGUGCUCUCCUGGAGAAGCGGGUGCAGGAGCUGCAGGCGGAGUCACCAACUGAAGAUGUUGCUCCAGGAGCACCCCAGGAAAAGAAUGGAACUUGUAAGAAGAGUGAUCCUGAGGCCACAAGGGAGCCACAGCCAAGUUUUCCCGAGGCCCAGCAGCAGCUGUGCAGCACCAAGCAAGAAGUGAAUGAGUUAAAGAAGCUGCUGGAAGAGGAACGCGACCAAAGACUGACCGCUGAAAACGCACUCUCCCUGGCCGAGGAGCAGAUCAGAUGGUUGGAGCAGAGUGAAUGGGAAUCGGCCCGGACUCCUAUCAUUGGUGCCUGUGGCUCUCAGGAGACGUCUCUGUUAAUAGAUCUCCCAGGCAGCAGCUGUCGAGGGGCCCGGAGUGGUGUCGGAUGGAAGCGGGUUCUGCGUUCACUGUGCCAUUCCCGGACCCGGGUGCCGCUGCUCGCAGCCAUCUACUUCCUGAUGGUUCAUGUCCUCCUUAUCCUGUGUCUCACAGGUCACCUCUGAACGGGACUCUCAGAACUUUUAAUUCCUGCGUAUCUAAUGUCAGAAUUGUUAGUUCCAGGACAACCUUCCCACUUUGAACCCACCCAUAUCUCCUUGGAAAGUUCCUGUAACAACAAAGGUGGUUCUGAGAACAGUUUGGAGCUGCAGGCCCGGUGUGUCCUAUUUUCUGGAUGUGCCAACACAGGGGUCCUGAGACCGUGCGGGAGCAUCACCGCUUCUAGCCUCAAGAACUUGAGCUACCACACUGCUGUGCGGGUGUGAGUUAUUCCAUCUUCAACACCAUUGUCACCUGCCUCUGGGAACAGGGCUGAGGCAAUGGGAAGAGAAGGCAAAGCACCCGAAUCCAGACCUGACAGCAGUGUCACGCGUGGCUCCCACUGUACCUGUCUCCUCUGCCCAAGGACUUUCCUGAACUACUGUAAAAUAAUAAAAUAAUAAAAUUAUUUUCAGAAUGA